AUGACUACCACAAACGAAGUCAAGGUCCCCUUCUUCAAGAAGGGAAAAUCUCGACCAGCAACCUCGCGAAAAAGAUCGGAUUCUCCCCUCCCCGCUGGCACGAAACGUACUGCCGCACAACGAAGGGAGGAUGAAAUGGACGAUCCAGACUUUGUGGAACGUGAUGGUCCUGCUGUGAAGUGGACCGCAGCCGGCUCACACACUAACGCAGCACUUGAGAUACUAGCUGGUGACGAAGCCGCAGAGCUACUUGCAAAACGUCAGAAGAAAGAGAAAGCAGACAGAGGUGAAGAGGAAGAGGAAAUACCUGAUGAUGGGCUGUAUAGGGGCCAGAAUGCUUAUCGAAGUCACCUGAAAAAAAGUCAGGAAAUACCCAAAGCUAUGCGUGUUGGUCCUCAGCGAGGUACUAGCACCAUUCGCACCGUAACCAUUGUCGAUUAUCAGCCAGAUGUUUGCAAAGACUACAAAGAAACGGGAUACUGCGGUUUUGGUGACACUUGCAAAUUCUUGCACGACCGUGGCACAUAUCUUGCUGGUUGGCAAUUGGAUAAACUCGCUGAAACCCCGCGGAAACAAGUUGAGGAUGUGUCAGACUCCGAUUCUGACAACGAGGACAUACCUUUUGCUUGUCUCAUCUGCCGCAAACCAUAUACAGAUCCAGUGGUCACGCGGUGCGGGCAUUAUUAUUGUUCGGCCUGCGCAAUCAAGCGCUAUGCCAAAACUCCAAAGUGCUUAGCAUGCGGCGCCCCCACGGGUGGAAUAUUCAACCGUGCCGACCAAAUCAUAGACAAAUUGAACAAGAAACGCGCAGAAAAAGAUGACAUUCCUGGGGUCAAAAUUGAGGGCUUGGUUGAUAACGCAAGCAGAGACAGUGACUCAGCGCGUGCCGCGUUCUUUGUGAACCUACCACCAGAAUUGACAUUCAUAUUUUUUCAUCCGUCAACGUGGGCCGCUAUCACUUGUGGUUCCUUCCUACGUGAAUCUUCUGCUAAGCUAUUUCGCUAGGUUUCUGAUGGAACAGACGUUUCAUGACAUUGAACUUGUUUUUCAGGUCCCGGAAGCGGAUCCGCAAUGUCGCGAGACGGUUUCCUGAAAAAAAAACAUGUUGUACUAUGUCACUCAGCACCGAGCUUUCACCAUCGACGGAUUCACGCCCGCGUUGUUUCCUGUGCUCUUCACAGUGACCCGCAGGUAUCCCUGUCGGCGGUAAUACCCCGGUUCCAUUGUGUUGAUACCCGCAUGGAAACCCGUACCUGCACUGCAGGUAUGGGUGUGGGUACGACUGCCCACACCCGCGGGUUUACCCAUGCAGUUCCUAGGCUAAGCUGCUGCGCGCCCCGCACUUGCUUUCAUACUGCCGCGAUACCUAGUACUACUAAUAUCAUGCAUUGUUGUAGCGCAUCGUUUCUCGUCAUAUCAAUCCGUGCAUGCUACUGUGCUACA